AUGAUCAUUGAUGCUCAAGACACUAGACUGCCCAGUGGGAGAUACACUCAUAUUUUCACGGCUUUCGCCUUUAAUCUUUUUCCAGACCCAAAAGCUGCUCUGAGAGAAUACUUUCGACUCCUUCAGACGAAAGGCACUCUCGCAAUCUCGGUUUGGAAGAAAUGUAACUGGUUUGAAAUUGUCAAGGACGCCCUGAGCUUCCUUCCUGGAAAUCUUCCCUUACCCACACAGCAGGAUGAGAUCAGUUCACUCCACAAGAAGGGCUGGGACUCAGAAAGCUGUAUCCGCGGGUUUCUCGAGGAGGCCGGUUUUAAGGAUGUUGAUGCCUCUACUACUGAGAAAAAAAGUGUCCUUCCCUUGGACGAGGUUGCGGACGCUUGUCAGAUGAUAGCCCCUUUCGUGGUCAGUCAAUUCUGGACGGAAGAGCAGCGCGAUCAGUAUGCAGGGAUGGUACCAGAAGCAAUCAAAAAACAUCUUGCUGAGAAGUUCGGAGAGGGCAAGCCUGGAUUCCUGGAGGCCCAGGUGAUUAUUGCCGUCGCAAGGAAGGGUUGA